AACAGGGGAGGGGAGCGAGGGGGCGGGUGUCGCGGAGGGAAGGAGCGAACCGGAGAGCGUCGUCCUGAGAGGAGUGAAGGCGGCAAAAUGGCGGACCGCUUCUCCCGCUUCAACGAGGACCGAGACUUUCAGGGUAAUCAUUUUGAUCAGUAUGAAGAAGGACAUUUGGAAAUUGAGCAAGCAUCACUUGACAAGCCUAUAGAAUCGCCCAGUUUUUAAAGCCAGGAUAAUAUUGGACAUCGCUUACUCCAGAAACAUGGGUGGAAGCUGGGCCAGGGAUUGGGAAAAUCUCUUCAGGGGAGAACAGAUCCUAUUCCCAUUGUUGUCAAGUAUGAUGUCAUGGGCAUGGGCCGCAUGGAAAUGGAGCUUGAUUAUGCUGAAGAUGCUACCGAACGGCGCCGUGUCUUAGAAGUGGAAAAAGAAGACACAGAAGAAUUGAGGCAGAAGUACAAGGAUUAUGUUGACAAAGAGAAGGCUAUUGCCAAAGCAUUGGAAGACCUCAGAGCCAACUUUUACUGUGAACUCUGUGAUAAGCAAUAUCAGAAACAUCAGGAAUUUGACAACCAUAUCAACUCUUACGAUCAUGCACACAAGCAGAGAUUGAAAGAUCUCAAGCAGAGAGAAUUUGCUCGAAAUGUCUCUUCAAGAUCCCGCAAGGAUGAGAAGAAGCAGGAAAAGGCCCUCAGACGACUCCAUGAGUUGGCAGAGCAAAGAAAACAAGCUGAAUGUGCACCUGGAAGUGGCCCUAUGUUCAGACCAACCACAGUAGCCGUAGAUGAAGAAGGUGGAGAUGAUGAUAAAGAUGAGUCAGCUACACACAGUGCCACAAGUGCUGCUGCUGCUUGUGGCCUGGGAUCUGAGUUCUCCACAGAUAAAGGAGGCCCUUUCACUGCAGUACAGAUCACUAAUACCACUGGACUGACACAGGCUCCUGGGUUAGCCUCCCAGGGCAUCAGCUUUGGCAUUAAGAAUAAUCUGGGGACCCCAUUGCAAAAGUUAGGAGUGUCGUUUUCCUUUGCCAAGAAGGCUCCUGUUAAACUUGAAUCAAUAGCAUCCGUUUUCAAGGACCAUGCCGAGGAAGGGACCUCUGAAGAUGGAACAAAAGCUGAUGAGAAGGGUUCUGAUCAAGGGCUGCAGAAGGUGGGAGACGCUGAUGGUAGCAGUAAUCUCGAUGGUAAAAAAGAGGAUGAAGAUCCUCAGGAUGGAGGGUCCCUUGCCUCAACAUUAUCUAAGUUAAAAAGAAUGAAGCGAGAAGAAGGAGCUGGGGCUACAGAGCCAGAGUAUUAUCACUAUAUCCCCCCAGCACAUUGCAAGGUAAAGCCUAAUUUUCCCUUCUUACUCUUUAUGAGAGCUAGUGAACAAAUGGAAGGUGAUAAUAAUACACACCCAAAGAACACCCCAGAAAGCAAAAAAAGCAGUUCUCCCAAACCUAAAGGCGGCAUCAAGGUGACAGCAAGCCAAGGGGCAGAAAAGACAGUUGAAGUCUCAGAACAGCCACUGGAAAUCAGUGUGACUGAACCUUCAGAGCCUGGAAGCAAAGCUGAGACAAAGAAGGCCUCAGGAGGGGAUAUAAGUGAGCAGAGUUUAGACAGUCAGGGUCAGAAGCCUUCAGAGGUCCAAGUGUGUGAGUCUAACCCUUCUAAAGAAACUUCUCAGGCCACCUCAUCAGGGAAAGAAAGCCAAGAGGGACCCAAACACCCUACCGGUCCAUUCUUCCCAGUUCUGAGCAAAGAUGAAAGCACUGCCCUCCAGUGGCCGUCGGAACUAUUGAUUUUCACCAAGGCGGAACCUUCCAUUUCAUACAGUUGUAACCCUUUAUACUUUGACUUUAAACUCUCAAGGAACAAGGAUACCAGAGCUAAAGGGACAGAAAAACCAAAGGACAUAAGCGGUUCCUCAAAGGACCAUCUCCAAAGCCAUGAUCCUGGCGAGCCAAAUAAAGGCAAGGAGGGGGCAGAGAAUGUACAACACGCCUCUGCAGGCAAAGUGGAUGCAACUGCUUCAGGGUCUGCCUGUAGCAGCGUGAAUAAGCAGGAACCUGGGGGCAGCCAUGGGUCGGAGACAGAAGACACGGGGAGAAGCCUUCCUGGCAAGAAAGAACGGUCUGGGAAGUCACACCGACACAAAAAGAAAAAGAAGCACAAAAAAUCCAGCAAACACAAACGAAAACACAAGAUUGACUCAGAAGAGAAGAGCUCAAAAGCAGAGUCUGGGGAGAAGUCCAAAAAGCGCAAGAAACGAAAACGAAAGAAGAAUAAGUCAUCUGCUCCGGCAGAUUCUGAACGGGGACCCAAAACGGAACCCCCUGGAAGUGGUAGCCCGGCACCGCCAAGGCGACGGCGACGAGCUCAAGAUGAUUCCCAGCAGAGACCCCUCCCCACAGAGGAGGGGAGCGGUGGCAAAAAGGAGGAAGGUGGGGGCGGUAGCAGCUCUCAGGAUCAUGGUGGGAGGAAACACAAAGGUGAAGCGCCUACUUCCUCCUGCCAGCGAAGAACGAGCAGCAAGCGGAAUAGCCGGUCCAGCCUUCGGAGUCGGCCCAGCAGUGGCGAUGAGGAUAGCGAUGAUGCUUCAUCGCGCAGGCUGCACCAGAAGUCUCCGUCCCAGUACAGUGAGGAAGAGGAGGAGGAGGAGGAGGAGGACUCGGUCAGUGAGCAUUCUCGCAGCCGCUCACGGUCGGGUCGGCGCCAUUCCUCACACCGUUCUUCCCGGCGGUCUUACUCAAGUAGCUCAGAUGCUUCUUCAGACCAGAGCUGCUAUAGCAGGCAGCGCAGUUACUCUGAUGACAGCUACAGUGACUAUAGUGACCGAUCACGGAGGCACUCCAAGCGGUCCCAUGACUCUGAUGAUUCAGACUAUGCCAGCUCCAAGCACCGGUCCAAACGGCACAAAUAUUCAUCAUCUGACGAUGACUAUAGCCUCAGUUGCAGUCAGUCCAGGAGUCGGUCCCGGAGUCAUACCAGGGAGCGCUCAAGAUCCCGGGGCCGUAGCCGCAGCAGCAGUUGUAGCCGCAGCCGGAGCAAGCGAAGAAGCCGGAGUACUACAGCUCACAGCUGGCAGAGAAGCCGGAGCUAUAGCCGGGACCGCAGUCGCAGCACCAGGAGCCCUUCCCAGAGAUCAGGCUCUAGGAAGGGGUCGUGGGGUCACGAGAGCCCUGAGGAGAGGCGUUCUGGCCGUCGAGACUUCAUUCGCUCUAAAAUCUACCGUUCCCAAUCUCCACACUAUUUCCGAUCAGGGCGGGGGGAAGGUUCUGGGAAGAAAGAAGAUGGCAGAGGAGAUGAUAGUAAAGGGACAGGCCCACCCCCCCAGAACAGCAACAUUGGCACAGGAAGGGGGUCAGAAGGUGACUGUAGCCCUGAAGACAAGAACUUUGUCACUGCCAAACUGCUAUUGGAGAAGAUCCAGUCCAGGAAGGUAGAGAAGAAGACCAGUAUGAGUGAAGAAGUGUUGGCCACCCCUAACAAAGCUGGGCUCAAGCUCAAAGACCCCCCACAAGGUUACUUUGGACCCAAGCUACCCCCUUCUCUUGGCAAUAAGCCUGUCCUUCCAUUGAUAGGAAAGCUCCCAGCUACCCGAAAACCCAGCACCAAGAAAUGUGAAGAGUCUGGCUUAGAAAGGGGAGAAGAGCAAGAGCAGUCAGAGACAGAGGAAGGACCUUCGGGGAGUAGUGAUGCCCCAUUUGGACAUCCGUUCUCUUCAGAGGAAACCACUGGCCCCUUAUCAGACUCACCCCCAGAAGAGCCAAAGUCGGAAGAAGCUACUGCUGAUCAUCCUGUGGCUCCAUUAAGCACCCCAGUGCACUCUGACUGCUAUCCUGGGGACCCAACCAUCUCCCAUAACUACCUCCCUGACCCCAGUGAUGGGGACACCCUAGAAUCCUUGGAUAGUGGCAGUCAACCAGGCCCUGUGGAAUCUAGCUUGCUGCCUAUUGCCCCAGACCUUGAGCAUUUCCCCAGUUACGCACCUCAUAGUGGGGAGCCGAGUAUUGAGUCAGCUGAUGGGACCGAGGACGCUUCACUGGCGCCCCUAGAAAGCCAGCCCAUCACCUUCACCCCUGAGGAGAUGGAGAAGUACAGCAAGCUCCAGCAGGCCGCACAGCAACACAUCCAGCAGCAGCUUUUGGCCAAGCAAGUGAAGGCCUUCCCAGCCUCCGCUGCUCUGGCCCCAGCCACUCCAGCCCUGCAGCCCAUCCACAUUCAGCAGCCAGCCACUGCCUCUGCCACCUCCAUCACAACUGUCCAGCACGCCAUCCUGCAGCAUCAUGCUGCAGCUGCCGCCGCCGCCAUUGGCAUUCAUCCCCACCCUCAUCCCCAGCCACUUGCCCAAGUCCAUCAUAUUCCCCAGCCACACCUGACUCCCAUUUCUUUGUCUCACCUCACUCACUCAAUCAUCCCUGGCCACCCUGCCACCUUUCUUGCUAGCCAUCCCAUCCACAUCAUUCCUGCCUCAGCCAUCCACCCUGGGCCCUUCACCUUCCACCCAGUCCCCCAUGCUGCCCUCUACCCUACCCUACUCGCCCCACGGCCUGCUGCAGCAGCUGCCACUGCCCUCCACCUUCACCCACUACUUCAUCCCAUCUUCUCAGGUCAGGACCUGCAGCACCCUCCCAGCCAUGGCACAUGAGUUGGGUGGGAGCCUAGGUACGGCCAGGGAAGGUGACCUAUAGACGUUCCCUAGGGGGUGUUGAGCCAUUGAUCCAGCAAGUGGAAGCUGGGAUGGGCAGUGUCUGACAGCCAAAGAAUCCAGUUUUGGCUUGUGGGGGUGGUUUUAGAUUUGAGGUUUGCUUUGGGUUUACUAUCAGGGAUAUUUUUCCCUUUCCCCUGUUCGUCUGUCUCCUCCCCCCAAGUUUCUAAAGUAGGGGACACCAGUAAGUGCUACCCACCUACUCUGGCAACAUGUCUAAACUGUCAAGUUUAGAUACUCCCCUUCCCCACCUUCCUUUUAUCCUCUGCUCUUCCUGUCUUUCAAUUUUGAAGUAUUUUCCACUUUGGCCAGCGGGUUGUCCAUCUGGUCCUGCCUUGUCUUUGAUCUUCCCUUGGUGACCUUGUGUUACCCUGGGUGAGGUGGGAAGGGAGUCUGACCUGGAACCAGAUGCUACUCAGGCUGUUCUCAGUCCACUUUCCGCACAGACCGCGCCGUCCUCGCGCCCUCACCCCAGAAGAGAAGACCCUCUCGUGAGUUGAAGCUGUGUGGAACUGGAGUCGCCCGUGUGUCUCCCCAGAGAGGAACUCAUGUCUGAAGGGUGUGUUUUCUUCUGUCAUGUUGAUGUUUCCUUAAUUUAUAGGAUUUUUUUAAUGUAAAAAAAUUGCACUGAACUCUAUAAACGUAAAUGCUGCUUUUUGUAGCUCAUAUUAAAAAAGAAGUUCCAUAUUUGUAGUAUACUGCAAUAAUAUUUUUUACAUCCAGCUCUUUAAGUGAUCCUUGUUUUGGUGGCUUUGUGUAAAUAUGUUUGCCCUAGUUCAAUUAAGAAACUUUAAAGGUUAUAAAGUGAAAACAAAAAAUAAAGUAUUUGUUUUCUGCUAGAUGCAAAAAUGACUAAGCAUGUAUAUUUUAUCAAGCUCAUGUAUUUUUUGAAGUUAUGAACUAUAAAAAUGUUAAAACAAGGGAAACACUGUUUGACAUUUUUUUUUGCUGGGACAAAAUGUUUAGUAAUUUGCAGUAUGUGGCGCCCCCAGCACUGGUAUUUUUUAACUAAUGGGUAGCAGUCAGUUGGAGGGUGUCAGAGGGAUGGUGCUCAGUUAUGACCGUCUCUGUGUGCUUUGCUGUUUUCUACGGAGAAGCAGAGGCCCCACAGAGGAGGGAGAGAUUCAAGAGCUUUAUUCUCUGGAAGCAGUGAAAUUGAGAGUGAUUGUCUGGGGGAUCCUGGGUUCCUGGGCGCCUGUUCCAGGCAUUCCAUUUGCCUUCCUACUGUUUGGCCCCCUCUGACAAUUUUUUUUUUAAUGUGCCUUUUCGGUUGGCUAGAAACUAAAGUAGAAGUAGACUGGAGGCUGGUAGAGUUGGGAUAAUUUUCUUCCUCCUUUUUUGGGAGGUGAGCACACAUAGAUACUAAAUAUUCUUCUGCUUCAUAGAUCCAUGCCUUCUGCCCAGCUUAGCUGAAGCACUAACAGUUCCCUUUUUUUCCCCUCUCAUGUCACCUACCAGAGGAAAUACCACCUUAGUUCCUCUCCUCCUCUAGCCUUUCACCCGGGCUCUCAGACCUAAUCAGCACACUGACCCAAAGGUGUACAUCUACAGGCCUCAUCUUUGGCAUAGACACGCUGCCCCCUGUCUGACAGUUCUACUUGUUCCUGUGGCCAGAGUUGGGUGGUCACCUGACAGGAAAAACCCCACUCACCUGGGCCAAGGCUCUGUUCUGCCUGGCUGCUCAAGUUCCCAGAAGACAAAGGUUUGAGUCUGAGAAGCAAGCUAGGCAGUCAAAAGUUCUUGACUUUCAGUGUUCUUGCCUGACUCGGAAGCAUCACUUUCUUGACAGUAGCACUGAAAAAAUGAAGUCCUCUGUUUGAAGUGAAGGAAUUUCAUCUUUCUUUGCUUUCACCCCAUGUAAAUAUUUUUUUAAAUACAGUAUUAACUUUUUUUGUGCUGCUUCCCAUUAGCUUGUAGAUUGAGCCAUACUCUGGCUGCCUCUCUCUGCCUUCCUGGGGGCAGUUUUCUUUCACUUCCAGAAUAGUGAUUUUAAAACUUAAAAAAAUAAUAAUAAUAACCUUACUUACAAGCCUAACAGAUUGUAUUUAACUUUAUCACAUACAAUAGAGAUAUAUAUGCUGUAAAAUUAGGGAAAGGAACUUUCUAAUAAACCAAUGAUUUG